AGACUGGCAGGCAGCGGCUAAGCAAUGCUAAAUUGAGAACUGACAGUACGACCGUACGUACGCUCUUAGUAUUACACAGAGAACAGUCAAGUCGAGUACAUGUGUUUACACCGGGGGCACGGCAAAAUCUCACAAGGGAACCAUGGCGUCCAUGUCCGUGAAAUUUUCGCGUUUGCUCUGGAGUAAGGGGAAUUUGCCAAAACUGGUUAUUAGCUGCAGCGCUUUGGACUCACAAUGUGCAUAUUGUAAGUACGGCGAAAGGACUCAGCAGUCGAGGUGGUCUAGUUCGCUGGUUCGGAGUUUUCCUUCGUUCAAUGUGUCAAACAGAAUGAAGCAGAACUUGGCACACCAAAACUGGACCCAAGGAACGGCGGCAAUGUGCACCAGUUCUGAUGGCGAUCACGACAUGACCAACUGGCUUUGGUCUGUUUAUAAUGAAACCAAAAAACAGACAGAAGAUUUGAUCCCAGUAAUAUCGAGUAACUCUGUGAACCCUGACACGAUCUUUGCCAACAAUGAGAUAAGCCUCCAAGACAUUGAGAUCUACGGCUUUGACUACGACUACACCCUGGCGUUCUACUCCAGCCAUUUACACACGCUGAUAUUCAACAUCGCGAGAGACAUCCUCAUUCAGGAACACAGGUACCCUGAGGGGCUACGGGACUAUGAAUACAUCCCAGAUUUUGUCAUCCGGGGACUGCACUAUGAUGUACAGAAGGCUUUGUUAAUGAAGAUCGAUGCAUUUCACUAUAUUCAGUUGGGAACGGUGUACAGGGGCCUUCACCCAGUGACAGAUAAGGAAGUCAUCGCGAUGUACGAAGGCUCCCACGUGCCCCUGGAGAUCAUGAGCGACUUCUACGGCAAGAGCUCCCACGGCCUCACCAUGAAGCAGUUCAUGGACAUUUUCUCCUUGCCCGAGAUGAACCUGCUCUCCUGCGUCAACGACUACUUCAUGAAGCACAACAUCGACUACGAGCCUGUCCACCUCUACAAGGACGUGAAGGCGGCAAUAGGAGACGUGCACAUAAAGGGCAUGAUGUACAGGGCUGUGGAGGCUGACAUCGAGAAGUACAUCUGUUAUGGCGAGCAGACAUACGCCGUGCUGAAGAUGUUGUCGGAGAACGGGAAGAAGAUGUUCCUCAUCACCAACAGCCCCUUCGACUUUGUGGAUCGGGGAAUGAAAUACAUCGUGGGGCAGGACUGGAGGGACCUUUUCGAUGUGGUCAUUGUGCAGGCCGACAAGCCCGGGUUCUUCAACGACAGGAGGAAACCCUUUCGGCGGUUGACCGAUAACGGGGUGCUGCUUUGGGACCGGAUCCACCAUCUGGAGAAAGGACAGAUCUACAAGCAGGGCAACCUGUAUGAAUUCCUGCGGCUGACUGGCUGGAGAGGGUCUAAAGUGCUGUACUUCGGAGAUCACAUCUACAGUGACCUGGCUGACCUGACGCUGAAGCACGGCUGGCGGACGGGGGCCAUCAUCCCGGAGCUGAGGAAGGAGAUCAAGAUCAUGAACACGGAGGAGUACGUCCACACCAUGACCUGGCUGCAGAGCCUGACCGGCCUGGUGGAGCACAUGCAGGUCCAUAGAGACCCCGCCUCUCAGGCAGUUGUCCAGGAGUGGAUCAAGGAGAGAGAGGAAAUGAGGUCACGAACGAAGAGCAUCUUCAACGCGCAGUUCGGGAGCCUCUUCCGCACCUACCACAACCCCACCUACUUCUCCCGCCGGCUCUCGCGCUUCGCCGACAUCUACAUGGCGUCCCUGAGCUGCCUGCUGCGCUACGACCUGCGCCACACCUUCUUCCCCCGCCGCACCCCGCUGCAGCACGAGGCCCCCUACUGGCCGGAGACGACCAGCGCCGGCGCCAUGAACAUCCCCUUCUGGGGAGAGGCAGGGCGGGCCAAGCCCGAGUAGGGGAGGGG